AUGGUGGCGGUUUGUGAUGCGAUAUGUGGGAGGCGGUCGGUAACAAUGGUGACGGUGAUGGCGAUGGCCAUGAUUAAAGUGGUGACAAUACGACACUUCGCCUCUCAUCUUUUCGUUCUCGGCUACGUACUUAACACAAUGGAUAAGACCAAUUGCAGCAAAAGGAUUGAAGAACUCCAGGAAAAUACUCGAAAUGCAUUGCAAAGAGCUUUGGACCCAAUGGCAGCAAUGGAGUUGAUAGAUACACUUCAAUGGCUAGGAAUUGCAUAUAAUUAUGAAGAAGAGAUUGAUUUAUGGUUGAACAAGUUAAUAAAUUGGGAUGCUGGUGACGAUCUCCAUGCCACGGCACUGCGAUUUCGACUGCUUAGGACUGAUGGGUGGCCUGUUAGCUGUGACGUGUUCAUGAAAUUCAUGGAAAAGAAUGGAAAAUUCAAAGAGUCCAUGAGCCAAGACACAAGGGGUCUUUUGAGUUUAUAUGAAGCAUCAUCCUUAGGUUCAAGUGGAGAGGAUAUACUUUCCGAGGCCAUGAAAUUUGCAGAAACUCACUUGAGACUAUCAAUUCCAAGCAUGGGAAAACAGCAUCGUAGACAGGUGACCCGAGCCCUUGAGCUCCCUAGACACCUAAGAAUGGCAAGGCUAGAGUCCAGACUCUAUAUUGAUGAAUAUGGUAUGGGAAGCAAUUUCAGUCAAAUUCUUCUUGAGCAAGCAAAAUUAGAUUAUAACAAGGUUCAAUCCUUGCAUCAAAUAGAGUUGGCUGAGUUAUCAAGAUGGUGGAAGCAGUUAGGCCUUGUGGAAAAACUCAAGUUCGGACGUGAUCGCCCUAUGGAAUGCUAUUUUUGGACUGUAGGAAUCCUUCCAGACCCCAAGUACUCACGAGCGCGUAUUGAUCUGGCAAAAACCAUUGCCAUUUUACUAGUAAUUGAUGACAUUUUUGACACUUACGGAUCCAUAAAUGAACUCCUCCUCUUCAAUGAUGCAAUUCAAAAAUGGAAUCUUGACGCAAUUGAACAACUUCCUGAAUACAUGAAAAUAUGUUAUAUGGCACUGUACAACACUACGAAUGAGAUUGCCUACAUGAUUCUCAAAGAACAUGGACGAAAUGUUCUUCCUUCCCUUAGACGAGUGUGGAUGAACACCAUUGAAGCUUUCAUGUUUGAAGCCAACUGGUUUAACAGUGGACAUGUACCCAAUCUUGCAAAUUACCUAGAAAAUGCAGUAACUACAUCAGGAUCAUACAUGGCCUUGGUGCAUAUUUUCUUCUUGUUAGGGGAAGGUAUUAGCCAUGGAAAUGUAAAAUCAAUGGAGACACCAUAUCCGAAGAUAUUUUCAUGUUCAGGCCAGAUUCUUCGACUCUGGGACGAUUUGGGCACUUCGAAGGAAGAGCAAGAUCGAGGAGAUAAUGCUUCGAGUAUACCUUUGUUCAUGAAAGAGAAAAAUUUACCAUCAGAAGGUGAAGCUAGGGAAAGCAUAAUGCAACUCAUUGGCAACUUAUGGAAAGAGCUUAACACGGAGCUACUCAGUUCUAGCUUGCCAUUACCCAUCAUUAGAGCCUGCUUUAAUAUGUCAAGAACUUCACAAGUCAUUUAUCAACAUGAAGAGGAUAGCUACUCCUCUGGUGUGGAUAACUUUGUUAAGUUCUUACUUUUAGAGCCUAUUGGUCUGUGA